CCUCAGAGAUGGGGAACUUGGGGACACGUGACUAACCCAAGGCAUUAAGCCCAGCAGAAGAAGGAUUAGUUUAGUCUUGACCCUCAGGCCUGUUCUCAGUCCCUGGACUGUAUCUGACGAUGACAAGAAUGCCACCUUGUGACUGGGGAGAGGCACUCAAGACAUGGGGCUGUAAGGAUCUGAAGUUCACCAAUACUUGGCUACUAGAGAAACAGUGUUACCUGCUGUUGGGGAGCCUGGUACUGGGAGGGCUCCUCCUCCUGCUUGUCAUCAUCCUGUUCGCCUGCCUGUGCCGGUUCUAUCAGAGAGUGAAGAGACUAGAAAGAAACGCCCAGGUCUCGGGGCAGGAGCUCCACUACGCCUCUCUCCAGAAGCUGCCCGCAUCCAGCAGUGAUAUGGAAGGCAGAGGAGAAGGUGAAGGCGUAAAAGAAGACGCCAGCACUGACUAUGCCUGCAUCGUCUUAAACAAACCCAAUUGAGCGCCCCCAAAAGCCUCCCUCGCCCUGGCCGAGUCCCGUUUCCUGUUCCGACGCCCAGGCCUAGCACCUCCACUCUGCACACGUAGAUUCUGGCGUCAUGGCUUUGGAUGUCCUGUAUGAGCAGCCCGGCCUUGUGGCCUCUAAUGAACUGGGAAACAGAAAAAGAGGCCACUCGGCCCCUGAACCCUGGGGUCACGUUGCUCAACUCCAUCCCCGGGGCUACUUUGUCUUGGUACCAUGUGGCAGAGCCAAUGGCCGCUUUCCCUCUGCUGGCAUUGAACGAACAGGGCAGGGAGGCAGUGGUGCCCUCUUGUGCACGAAUCUCAGGGGGCUGAGACACCCAGACAGCACAGGAUCCUGGGGAGAAAGCAAAUAUCCAGCGAAAACCUACUCAGUUAUUCCAAAAAGAAAAGGAUUCUCCAUAGCGUUCUUUCCCCCUGGGGGUGGAGGGUCAAGACAAACACCCCGGGUUGUCUCAUUUAAACCCUUUCCUCUUCGCCAAUUUAAUUUUUUAGUUUUUAAAUUCUUUCACACACUAACUCCAGCGCAUACACAUUUUGGACAACUUGACCCCUGCAAUAUGCUUAGUGCUCAUGAAUGAGUGUAGCUGCCUCUGGGAGGAAGGUCUUGGUUGCUCGGCUCUGGGUAUUAUUACUGUGAUGUGAGUCGUUUUGUUUUGAUUUCCGUCUUGGCUGUAUUAGGGCUUUAAUGCAGACCGAUGAAUGCUAGCAGCUACUCUCCCAAGGAAGCACAUCUCCUCCUUCAAUUUUACCUGAAGCUCGAAUCUUGGCUGCAUUCUACAAUAAAUUAUUAUAGAUACUUUGAUUGCAUUUCCCCACAAUUAAGAAAGUAUUUUAUUAGUCUGAGAGAUGGCUCAGCAGUUAAGAGCACUGACUGCUCUUCCUGAGUUCAAGUCCCAGCAACCACAUGGUGGCUCACAACCAUCUGUAAUGAGAUCUGAUCCCCUCUUCUGGUGUGUCUGAAGACAGCUACAAUGUACUUGCAUACAUAAAAUAAAUAAAUAAUUCUUUUUUUUUUAA